UGUCAGGGAGGGGGAAGAGGGAGGGGAGAGAAACUCUGCAGAUUCCUGUACCAUCUCUCUUUCUCUCUUCCUCUGUCUGCAUGAGUACAGGAGAACUCAGGAUUGCUGCGCCUUUCUCUCUCUUUCUCUCUCUCUCCCACCCCUCUUUCUCUCCCUCCAAUUUCUCUCUCUUUCUCUCCAAUUUCUCUCUCUCUCUCUCCUUGCAAUUGAAGCCGGAGGGGAUCAAGAGGACGGGAUUGGCUUGUGCCAGAAGGCGAGCACAGAGAGAAGAUCGAGGAAGAAAGAGAGCUUGGAAAGCAGCCGCAGAGGAAAGCCAAGCUGCCUCUCUUGUCAAUUCUCUGGUCCAUUUGGUCGGGGAAGAAGAGCUCUGGAAGUUUGCUGCUCUUGUCUUCGCCGGAGAUGCUCCAAAGCUGGCCAAAGCUGUGCUUUUGACCCGGCUCACCUGUUACCGCGGGGUGUUGGUUUUCUCUCUCGCUUUUGGGAACUUCUGGACGGAUCUUCGGAAGAAGAAGAGGCAGUGGCGGGGCUUCUCGGAGGAGCAGCAUGGGCUGGAUCGGCUGGAUCGCUUGCCUUUGCUGCUGGGGAUGGGGAGUCUUCCUUGCGGCACAAGGACAGCAUGCCAAGAGCGACGUGCCGCGGCUAAAACUGUCCUACAAAGAAAUGUAUGAAUCCAACAAUAUAGUCAUGUUCGAUGGAUUGGUUAAUAGUUCCACUUACCACACAUUCCUUUUGGAUGAGGAGCGGAGUAGACUCUUCGUUGGAGCAAAGGAUCACGUAUUUUCUUUCAAUCUAGGCAAUAUCAAGGAAUAUCAAAAGAUUGUUUGGCCUGUAUCUCAUACCCGUCGGGAUGAAUGCAAGUGGGCUGGAAAAGAUAUUCUGAAAGAGUGUGCUAACUUCAUCAAAGUGCUGAAGGCAUAUAACCAAACUCAUCUCUAUGUCUGUGGAACUGGAGCUUUCCAUCCUGUGUGCACCUACAUUGAAGUUGGGGGUCAUCCGGAGGACAAUAUUUUUAAGCUGGAAGAUUCACAUUUUGAAAAUGGCAGAGGGAAAAGCCCCUAUGACCCUAAACUGCUGACAGCUUCUCUUUUAAUAGAUGGUGAACUUUAUUCUGGAACAGCAGCAGACUUCAUGGGGAGAGAUUUUGCCAUUUUCCGCACACUGGGACACCACCACCCAAUCAGGACAGAACAGCACGAUUCCCGGUGGCUUAAUGAUCCUAGGUUUAUUAGUGCUCAUUUGAUCCCAGAAAGCGACAACCCAGAAGAUGACAAGAUAUAUUUUUUCUUCCGUGAAAACGCAAUUGAUGGAGAACACUCUGGAAAAGCCACACAUGCCAGAAUUGGACAGAUUUGCAAGAACGACUUCGGUGGCCACAGAAGCCUUGUCAACAAAUGGACUACUUUCCUCAAAGCACGCCUAAUGUGUUCUGUGCCAGGACCCAAUGGCAUUGAUACUCAUUUUGAUGAACUCCAGGAUGUGUUUCUAAUGAACUCGAAAGACCCUAAAAAUCCAAUAAUCUAUGGAGUGUUUACAACCUCAAGCAAUAUCUUCAAAGGAUCCGCUAUCUGUAUGUAUACUAUGACUGAUGUGAGGCGGGUAUUCCUAGGUCCAUACGCUCACAGAGAUGGUCCUAACUAUCAGUGGGUUCCUUUCCAAGGAAGAGUACCAUAUCCACGGCCAGGAACUUGUCCUAGUAAAACAUUUGGCGGCUUCGAUUCAACCAAGGACCUUCCAGAUGAAGUCAUCACGUUUGCAAGAAGCCACCCUGCUAUGUACAAUCCUGUGUUCCCUAUCAACAACCGUCCCAUUAUGGUCAAAACAGAUUUGGAUUACCAGUUCACACAGAUUGUAGUUGAUCGGGUGGAUGCAGAGGAUGGCCAGUAUGAUGUUAUGUUCAUUGGAACAGAUAUUGGGACAGUUUUGAAAGUAGUUUCAAUUCCAAAGGAAACUUGGCAUGAUUUGGAAGAAGUCUUACUUGAAGAAAUGACAGUCUUUCCACCUGAAGAGGAAUAA